CUCGCCGUCUCACAGUCGCUCUGCAGCCUCCGGCGACCGGGGGGAUGUGAGGCCGGCGCCCCGGCCCCCCGCCCGCCAUGAGCCCCCGGCUCUGAGGGCCCCGGCCCCUGGAUGCACAGCCCCGGCGCGGGCUGCCCUGCCCUCCCGCCAGACACACCAGGCUGCCAGUCCCAGCCCAUGGAUCUGCGCGUGGGCCAGCGGCCCACAGUGGAGCCUGUACCAGAGCCUGCACUACUGGCCCUGCAGCACCCCCAGCGCCUGCACCGCCAUCUCUUCCUGGCAGGCCUGCAACAGCAACAGCGCUCAGCGGAGCCGAUGAGGCUCUCCAUGGACGCGCCAGUGCCAGAGCUGCAGGGGGGACAGCAGGAACAAGAACUUCGGCAACUUCUCAAUAAAGACAAGAGCAAGCGAAGUGCUGUAGCCAGCAGUGUGGUCAAGCAGAAGCUGGCUGAGGUGAUCCUGAAAAAACAGCAGGCAGCCCUUGAGAGAACAGUCCAUCCCAGCAGCCCCAGUAUUCCCUACAGAACUCUUGAGCCCUUGGACACAGAGGGUGCUGCCCGCUCGGUGCUUAGCAGCUUCCUGCCUGCGGUUCCCAGCCUGCCCACUGAAGCCCCGGAACACUUUCCCCUGCGUAAAACAGUGUCUGAGCCCAACCUGAAGCUGCGCUAUAAGCCCAAGAAGUCCCUGGAGCGGCGCAAGAAUCCCCUGCUCAGAAAGGAGAGUGCCCCACCCAGCCUUCGGAGGCGGCCUGCCGAGACCCUUGGAGACUCCUCCCCCGGUAGUAGCAGCACACCUGCCUCAGGGUGCAGCUCCCCCAAUGACAGCGAGCAUGGCCCUAACCCUGCCCUGGGCUCAGAGGCGCUCUUGGGCCAGCGGCUGCGGCUGCAGGAGACUUCUCUGGCCCCGUUCGCUUUGCCGACAAUGUCCUUGCUGCCCGCAAUCACACUGGGGCUGCCUGCCCCUGCCAGGGCUGAUGGUGACCGCAGGACCCAUUCGACUUUGGGCCCUCGGGGUCCUGUCCUGGGGAACCCCCAUGCUCCCCUCUUCUUGCACCAUAGUCUGGAGCCAGAGGCUGGGGGCACCUUACCCUCUCGCCUGCAGCCCAUUCUCCUGCUGGAUCCCUCAGUCUCCCAUGCCCCACUGUGGACUGUGCCUGGGCUUGGGCCCUUGCCCUUCCAAUUUGCCCAGCCCUUACUGACCACCGAGCGGCUCUCCGGCUCAGGCCUCCACCGGCCACUUAACCGGACCCGCUCAGAACCCCUGCCCCCCAGCACCACUGCCUCCCCUCUGCUGGGUCCCCUGCAACCCCGCCAGGAUCGGCUCAAACCUCACGUCCAGCUGAUCAAGCCAGCCAUCUCCCCUCCCCAGAGGCCCGGCAAGCCAAGUGAGAAGCCCCGACUGCGGCAGAUACCCUCCGCUGAGGACCUCGAGACAGACGGUGGGGGAGUGGGACCUGUGGUGAACAAUGGCCGGGAACAUAGGGAGUCAGGCCACGGGCCUCCUGAGGGCAGAGGCCCUGUUUCUCUGCAACAGCACCAGCAGGUGCCGCCCUGGGAGCAGCAGCAUCUAACUGGGCGGCUCUUCCAGGGAAGCUCCGGCGACUCUGUGUUGCUACCUCUGGCCCAGGUCGGACACCGGCCCCUGUCCAGAACCCAGUCUUCCCCAGCAGCUCCUGUCUCCCUGCUGAGCCCAGAGCCCACCUGUCAGACCCAAGUCCUCAACAGCUCAGAGACACCUGCCACAGGGCUGGUCUAUGACUCACUGAUGCUGAAGCACCAGUGCUCCUGUGGAGACAACAGCAAGCACCCUGAGCACGCAGGCCGCAUCCAGAGCAUCUGGUCCCGGCUGCAGGAGAGGGGUCUCCGCAGCCAGUGUGAGUGUCUCCGGGGUAGAAAGGCCUCCCUAGAGGAGCUGCAGUCAGUCCAUUCUGAAAGGCACGUGCUUCUCUAUGGCACCAACCCCCUCAGCCGCCUCAAACUGGAUAACGGGAAACUGACAGGCCUCCUGGCACAGCGGAUGUUCGUGAUGCUACCCUGUGGCGGGGUUGGGGUAGAUACUGACACCAUCUGGAACGAGCUGCACUCCUCCAAUGCAGCCCGCUGGGCCGCAGGCAGCGUCACUGACCUCGCCUUCAGAGUUGCUUCCAGAGAGCUGAAGAAUGGUUUUGCUGUAGUGCGGCCCCCAGGACACCACGCCGAUCAUUCCACAGCCAUGGGCUUUUGCUUCUUCAACUCCGUGGCCAUCGCCUGCAGACAGCUUCAGCAACAAGGCAAGGCCAGCAAGAUCCUCAUUGUUGACUGGGAUGUUCACCAUGGCAACGGCACACAGCAAACGUUCUACCAGGACCCCAGCGUGCUGUACAUUUCCCUACACCGCCAUGAUGACGGCAACUUCUUCCCAGGCAGUGGGGCUGUGGAUGAGGUGGGGACUGGCAAUGGUGAAGGCUUCAAUGUCAAUGUGGCUUGGGCUGGGGGCUUGGAUCCACCCAUGGGGGAUCCUGAGUACCUUGCUGCCUUCAGGAUAGUGGUGAUGCCCAUUGCCCGAGAGUUUGCUCCAGACCUGGUCCUGGUGUCCGCUGGAUUUGAUGCUGCCGAGGGUCACCCAGCUCCGCUGGGUGGCUACCAUGUUUCUGCCAAAUGUUUUGGGUACAUGACACAGCAGCUGAUGAACUUGGCAGGAGGUGCCGUGGUGUUGGCCUUAGAGGGUGGCCAUGACCUCACAGCCAUCUGUGACGCCUCUGAAGCCUGUGUGGCUGCUCUUCUGGGCAACAAGGUGGAUCCCCUUUCAGAAGAAGGCUGGAAACAGAAGCCCAACCUAAAUGCCCUCCGCUCUCUGGAAGCUGUGAUCAGGGUGCACAGGAAAUACUGGGGCUGCAUGCAGCGCUUGGCCUCCUGUCCAGAUUCUUGGCUGCCCAGAGUACCAGGGGCUGAUGCAGAAGUGGAAGCCGUGACUGCACUGGCAUCCCUCUCUGUGGGCAUCCUGGCUGAAGACAGGUACUCCCAGACCCCCAAUCCUAGGCCCAUGCCUUCAAAUCCCCUUGGAUCCUCCCAACUGGAGGAGCCCAGACUCAUGUAACUAAUAGUCUCAGGCCUUUGAAGUAGGGUUAUGGCUAUGAGGGUAACGCUGACACAGCCCUCUGGCUUUCCGACAUCCUGCCCUUGUUCCACUCCCAGGCCCUCAGAGCAGCUGGUGGAAGAGGAAGAACCUAUGAAUCUCUAGGGCUUCAGAGCAGAUUACCUGCCCUUCAGACGUCUCUUCACCUCUGCUGUCAGCCCUGUUCCUGGGUCUGCAGAGAUCCUCUGGGCAGGUAGUCAGGUCCAGAGCACAGCUACCCUGACAGCUAGCCCAGGGAACUGAGAAGGCCACUGAGUCUGGGAUGGGGACCAGGAAGGAUCCUGGGAAGAGGCAGGCUGGGCACUAGGGCCCAGCUGGGCUCUUCCAGAAUGGACCCAGUCCCCUAGCUGUGGCCUCCAGCCCUCAGGACUGCACAGCGGAGGACUGGUUCAGGUGGACCUGUAACUACCACUAUUCUUAACUCCGAAGGCCCCAGAUUUUGCACACCACCCCAGGCUCCAUACAGAAAUGUGAACUUGGCCUCAGCCAGGGUGGCCCUUCCCAGGUUCUGUAGGGCUAAGGGAGUAGGAGGAGCCAAGGGGUCCCCUAUCCCUGAGGACAGGAGAGUUCCUCUCACCUGCUUCCUCAGUUGUCUCCUGGCAGCCCCGGGCUCUGAGAGCCACUCUGAGCUGCUCUCUCUGUGAGCAGUCACCAGCAAGCCUCCCAUCUGGUCACCGCCCUGCCAGAGGCCACCCUAUGUGGACCAUCUCAGUGCCUUGGUGCAGCAGACAGGUGCUGAGUCCUGUGCUUCCUGACCCAAUGGUGCCAAACCUUCAUCUCCCCUUAGAAGCACAACACAAGCCCAGGGAUGCCUGGUCACUGCCCCCAGAAUGAGCCUGCCUUCUGUUUCUGGGGUUCCCCCACCUCAACUAUGACUGCUGCCCCACAUAGGACUAGCUUGGCUGAGGGGAGAUAAGGUGGGAGAAUAGACAGACGUGGGGGAGGGGAGGCCACCCCAGAAGUCUUCAUGACUUUUGAGGUCAGGCCUGGGGCCAUGAAAGUGUUUGUGUGUAUGCGUGCGUGCGUGUAAGAGUGUGCGCGUGUGUGUCUUCCCCAAGACCUGCCAUACCUUGUGUAUGUAUGCAUGUUUUUGUAAAAAAGAAAAAAAUGGAAAAAAAAAACUGAACAAUAAAUGUUUUAUUUGCUUUAAA